AUGCCUUCACCAGAACAAUCUGACCCGAAGGAUGAUAAGAACAUCAAAUCCUCAGUCGAAAAAUUUAAUCGAGUUGGAUAUUUCUUCGAACCAAUAACGGAGAUUGGAGAUAAGGUUGCAAGAUUAUACCAGGAAGGUCGCGCCGGCCAGGUUGAUCACCAUUUUUUCAAAGAUGAUCUUCUGUCAAAUGAGUCGGCCAAAGAUUUACUUGCUUGUUACCCCAAAGUGACCAAGUUCAAGCAUCUUUGGGGUACGGUUCAGGACUUCUACUGCUGGGACAACCCUUCUACAGUAAAACCUGGUAUGGUCAUAUAUCUACUCGAGCCACACUCCAAAUUCGUAUGUCUUGAGGACUCUCAUUGUCGUGAAUUUGACACCAUGUGUGAUGAUGACCAUGCUUUCCAUCUUUCUCGUGAGGAUGCAGAUCGCUUUAGCAGAAAGGAAUUCGACUCAGGAAAAGGCGGCGUCCUCUUCGUUGAUCCGGUACUAGGACAUCGACUAGAAAAUGGUCGCGCAAUAGUUUUUGGUACUAAGAAGUAA